AACAGCAAACCACAGCCCUGCAUCAUGGAUGAGUUCAAACUUCGAAGUGUAGACCUGCAACAGGUGCAAAACCAGAUCCGACACAAGACCGACGGUCUGAGUUCCAGCACUCUGGUUCUGCGGAGAGGACAAGCGUUCACAAUGCUAAUGAGCUACGAAGGGCGGCCAUUCGAUCCGAUGAAGGAAAAUCUGAUCUUCCGAAUUGUUCUAGGUCCACUGUCUGUGGAGGUCCCGGUCACCAGACUCGGACAGCCCUCUCUGAAUCAAUGGAGCGCUGUUCUGGAGAGGAGCUUCCCGAACCCGACUGGACCCCGUGCUCUUUUAGUAUCACUGUCCACCCCUGCGUCUGCUUCUGUCGGAGUCUACACACUCCAGCUGAGAGUCGAGACCCGUGUGACUGUGAAAACACACCUGCUCGGCCAGUUCACACUCCUCUGCAACCCCUGGAGCCAAGCUGAUUCAGUGUUCCUGCAGUCUGAGGAUUUGAGGACUGAAUAUGUCAUGAGUGAUAUUGGCCUGCUGUUUAAAGGCAGCCCCGGGAACAUCGUCUCCAGACCCUGGUCAUUUGAUCAGUAUGAAAAAGGGAUACUGGACAUCUGUAUGAAAUUGCUGCAGGAGAGUCCUCAACAUCAAGCAGAUAUGGGUAAAGAUCUACUCAACCGCAGUAAUCCGGUUUACAUCGGCCGCGUGAUCUCAGCGAUGGUGAACUCUAAUGAUGAUAAAGGGGUGUUAAUGGGAAAGUGGUCAGGUGACUACAAAGAUGGUGUCAACCCUUCACAGUGGACCGGCAGUGCAGAUAUUCUCAGGAUUUGGGCGGAAACACAAUUCAGGCCUGUGAAAUACGGACAGUGCUGGGUGUUUGCUGCUGUCAUGUGUACAGUAAUGAGAGCUCUUGGCAUUCCGACUCGAGUCGUCACCAACUUCAACUCCGCUCACGACACAAACAGAAAUAUGGUGAUUGAAGAAUAUUACAAUGAGAUGGGGGAAAAAUUGCCUAUCAGCAGAGAUAGCAUCUGGAACUUCCAUGUGUGGGUGGAGAGUUGGAUGAAGAGACCUGAUCUGGGUCGAGGUUAUGACGGAUGGCAGGUUCUCGACCCCACGCCACAAGAGACAAGCGCAGAUAUGUUCCGCUGUGGCCCUGCUGCUGUAACAGCCAUUUAUCAAAGGCAGGUGAAUGCGCAGUAUGAUGUGCCAUUCGUUUAUGCUGCAGUGAAUGGGAAUGUGCACACAGUAAUAAUCAGAAAUGGGAAAGUAUUAUCAACCAGCAUUGAUAAACGCAGAGUUGGAGCUCUGAUCUGCACCAAACAUCCAGGAUCCAUGCGCAUGCAGGACAUCACGUCUGAAUACAAAAAUGAGAUGGAUGACAGCAGAGGUAAUGAACUGAGCACUGAUGCUCGCAGAGGUGAAGGUACUGCAGGAAUAGUGGCACCUCAGGGCCUUGAAGUCUCUCUCCAGCUUCUGAAAGCCCCUGUAGUUGGCGAAAACAUUUCUUUCAACGUCAUAAUCACAAACAAAGUCGCUGUUCCGAAACUUCUGAGAAAACAUUUGAACGCUCAGAAUAAGGAGUACCACUGCAAUCCCACUGGAGCCUUCUGGGAGGCGCAUGAUGACAUGAAGAUCGGCCCGAAAGAAACUGUGACUAUGAAACACGAGAUCUCCUUCAAGGAGUACAUGCGGAAGGAGACUGAGGAGGAUUCUCUGGUUAACCUGGCUGUGGUUAUUGAGGAUGUGAAGUCUCAAGAGAGAGUGCUGGCUUCAGAAGAGUUCAACAUCCGCACCCCUUCCCUCAAUAUACAGGUUCAGAAUGAGUAUGUGGUCAUCAACAUGCAGCAAGAGGCCACAGUGACCUUCACUAACCCAUUCAGCACUGCAGUGAGCGGUGAACUGACUGUGGCAUGUUCAGGACUUCAGGAGAAGGUUCAAACAAGGCUUAUGAUCCAGCCUCGAGAAACCAUGAGGAUGCCCAUUAAUUUCACUCCCAGGAUGGCGGGUGCCAGGAUGCUUUACGCUAGUUUAGUGUUGAUGAAUCCUCCCACCAUCCUGCACGGAUUCAAGACUAUCAAUGUUCAAGCAUCUUAGAGUCAAACAACUUUAGAAAGAAUUGUGAACCCUCUUACUUUUAAUGCUCCUCUAAUACAUUAUGUGAAUUCUUCUAAAAUACGUAUAAUGUGUCCAACACUUUUCAACAAGUCAGUAUUAGAAAUGUUUUCUCUGUUGUGAACUAAUCUGUCCUCUGCUGGAAAAUGCAUGUGAGGAGAUCGCAAACAAGUAUAACACAUGGACAUAUGUAUUUUUUUGGCUAAAUAAUCUUGAAUACUGAUCAGAGUGAAUCAAAUCAAAAAAAAAAAAAAAUUUUUACUUUUUUUUUUACAGUUAUGUUUACAGUGUAAAAAAACUAAAAGCAAUAAAGGUGUUUCAGAGGCUAGUUUAGUAAAAAAAAAAAAAAAAACAUUAAAGAGAGAGAGAGAGUGAGAAAUAGUAAUGAUGGUAAUACCACAAACUAAGGCAAAAACACUGCAAAAAAAUAAAUAAAAAAAAAAACCUACAGAGCCCUGCACAUGACACGCAGGAAAAAAUAUAAGACUAAAUUGUGCGCACAAUUUACUAAAUUGUUUCCUCAAUGUACUAAAACGUACGCACGAUUACUAUUGCGUACACUUGAUUUAUAAAUUGUGCGCACAUUUACUAAUUCGUUCCCUCGAUUUGCUAAAUCGUGCGCACAAUUUAUAAAUCAAGCGAACGCAAUAGUAAAUCGAGGGAACGCAAUAGUUAUCGUGUGCACGUUUUAGUAAAUUGAGGGAACGAACUAGUAAAUAGUGCGCACAAUUUUAUUUUUUUUUCUUGCAUUUCAUGUGCGGGGUUCUGUAAAAACUUCCUCAAUAUGUGAAAAAAAUAAUAAUCUGCUAAAGGGGCAAGAAAAAAAUAUUUUCCUAUUUCCCCUUUAAAUUAUUAUUAGUAGGCUAGUAGUAGUAGUAGUAGUAUCGCCACUAUUUAUUUAUUUUUACCUUGUUGCAAAGGCAAAAACGAACCAAGGUUUGAUACCUUUUUCUCAGAAAAAAAAGAGAUUGUCUUAUGUUAUUACCAAGUAAAUGUAUCUUUAUUUAAGAAUGUAUAGAUAUUGUUACUGAAAAGCCUGUGAAAAUAUCCUAAGUAAUUAAACACUCUUUGUAAGCUGCUC